UUCUCGAAUUCUUCCACCUCCCUCCUUCAUUCCCUCCGUCUCUCCCCUGUUGGGCUCCUGAUGGACGUCGAUGCGCCUCUGGAUUUCGAGGCCGAGGACUUGCUCCUGAACCAGCUGGGCUCCGCCAAGAAGCGGAGCAAAAGGGUGAUCGGAUUAGACGACCUUGUCGACGAUUUUUACGCGGAGAAGAGCAAAAACGCGACAGCAGAGGUUAAGCGGGCGAACGUCAGAAAGCGCGCGAUUUCGGACGACGGCGACUACCAUGAAAGAGACAAGGAGGCUCUACUAUCUAAAUUUGUUGAUGAAUGCGAAAAACAAGUGAAGGAAAUAGUGACGGAAGAAGAGAUUCCCUCGUGGGGCCUUCGUGUUUUCGGCAGUCAGAAAGCUUUGCCGGCUUCUCCUCCUACACCUGCAAUUGGGAAUUGCAAUAUGUUAAAAUGCGUUAUUGACAAUGAGAUCGGUCCAAAGUUCAGUUCAUCUGAUGAGGAAACACGGAAGUUUUCAGAAUGCCUUCUACUAAAUAAUUGGCUGACAAAUUUGGUGUUAACAAGCGGAUCAAUAGAAGAUUCUAUGGCAAUGUGGACCUUUCACCUGUUGUUGUAUUCUCCAAAUGAAAAUUUGCAGUUAGCUGCUUGUGACUUUUGGUGCUCUAUUCUUUUGUAUGGUAGUGAGGACAAUCAUCUACAGCUUAGUUGGGUCCCUAGCUAUUUAGAGCUAAAGGAUGCCCUUGAAGUAUAUGGGUACCUCUGGACUUUUGUUACCUGCAACCAGAAAAAUGAUGCCACUGAUCGAGCUUUUGAUGGCCCACCCCGUAAUAUCAGACUCUUGCUCAAGGUUAUUGCAGCUUGCUGUCAGUCGAGAAUUGCACAUACAAUCUUUUCUGUUGCAGAAGUGGAGAACCUACUUGGUGUGGUUAUUAGUUUCUUCUUGGAACGUCGACUUGAAGGGAUUUCGUUGGUCCUGCAAGAAUGCUUGGUAUCGGUUUUGAGUUUCUUUACUGAUGAUGAAUGGGAAGUCAGCUCCAAGCGUGUUGCAGAAACUAUAUCUGGCAGCAUUCAGAAGGAUUUGAAUUGCAUACGUGUUGUGGAAUGUAUAUCUGGGCUUGACAUGCGUAGCAAGCACUUUCGAAGAGAGCUGGCAUAUCAUCUCCUGAUCAAGUUUUUGAACAAGGGCGAUGAUGCAGAAGAGCUCCUUAGAUCGGUUGCAUCGAUCAAUAUGAAGGAUAAAUUUUGCAACUUUCUUCAUAUCUAUAUCUACUUGGUUCUAGCUGACAAUUGGCUUUUAUCUAACUCUCUUCUGGAAGAAAGGCCAGAACUACACUCGAUCUGGGGUUCAUUUCUUCGCAAUUGUUCCUGCCAGAUUACGUGUACAGAUUGGAGGUCUUAUGCAUCAAAGGUGCGGAACAAAGCUUCAUAUCUUCUGCAGUUUUACCAAUGCGAGCAGAAGCAGCAGCUGCAGACAUGUACAGAACUUUAGUCUUGUCCUUUUAGUUUGGGCUGCCCUAUUUCAGACCCUCCGAGAUGGUUCUGCACAAAAGAAAAUCCUGUUGUUUGAGGGUGUCAUCGACUAGGGAACAGAAGGCAAAUGGUGUGGUUGAGAUGCAAAUUUAAUUAGUAUCUGUGAAGCUACCAAGCCAUGUAUGGUUGGUGCUUACGUGUUCAGUAGUAGUAAAGCCUAUCAACAGAGAAACCCUUUUGGUGCGACAAGUUUUUUCUCUGGAACCACAAGCUUUUACAACUUUUUGACAUUCAUGGUUUGGCAGUAGCUAGCAUCGCGAAAUGCAUUCUCAAGUGGCAACAAAGUACUGAUCUUGUUCCUGAAAUGUCUAGUUCUUGAAGUUUAUUGCCGGCUACUCACAUCCGAAAUUGCUCCUCUUCUGCGCACUUCAGUCCACAUGUUCACCCUUGACGGGUCGAGGUUAUAACCUUCAUCAGCAGUGCUGGUUUAAACAUCCCAUCAUCGAAAGACCAGUCUUCCCAUGAAAGUGAUGCUCAUGUGGCAGUUCUCAGUUGUUCUCUGUGCAUAAGAAAAUAGGAAUUUUGCUUUCCGAGGGCGUCCGGUUCGGCAAUUUCCGUUUGAGAAUGGCUUUCUUCAUAAGGAGGAUCUCGUUUUCCUCGAGAUGAACACUUCCCUGUGAGAAAAACGCUGGGAAAUCCUAUUAUCUUGUACUCAGCGCGCCACAUGCCCAGAUGAAUCCUUCCUAGGACGACAUUAUGUCCUAAGCAUAUGUUUUAUAAAGGUUUUGAGCAUUUGAGUGCAAGGAAUUAAUGUAAAAGUUAGGAACAUGUGAGCCUCUCAUUAAAUUGGAUGUGCCUCUUGGGGCGUCCGGAAGGACCUUUAAUUUCAGUUUUCCAUUCGCGACGGCUCUA